CUUCGGACGCGCCUCUUCUGUCAGAGGUCGCUCUCCAAGAUGGCGCGCGUGGUGAAGGCGGCGGCGAGGGCUGCGAGCGCCCUAGGGCUUUUUUCCAGACUCCACAUUCCAGUUUCAGCAGUAAGAACUUUCUCCAUGUCACAGUCCUCGAAUCAAGUACCAGGUCCCGUAUGGAACCUGGGGCGACUCAAUCAUGUAGCCAUAGCUGUGCCAGACUUGGACAAAGCCAAGGCGUUUUAUAAGAAUGUUCUGGGGGCCCAGGUCAGUGACGCGGUCCCUGUUCCUGAGCACGGAGUGUCUGUUGUUUUUGUCAAUCUGGGAAAUACCAAGAUGGAACUGCUGCAUCCACUAGGGAAGGACAGUCCAAUCGCGGGUUUUCUGCAGAAAAACAAGGCAGGAGGAAUGCAUCACGUCUGCAUCGAGGUGGAUAACAUAAAUGCAGCUGUGAUGGAUUUGAAAGAAAAGAAGAUCCGUAGUCUAAGUGAAGAGGCCAAAAUAGGAGCACAUGGAAAACCAGUGAUUUUUCUCCAUCCUAAAGACUGUGGUGGAGUCCUUGUGGAACUGGAACAAGCUUGAUUUAUUUUUUCAAGAAAGUUGAUUGACCUGAAAAACCUUAUCAGAAUGUACUUUGACAUUGAGUCCUUCAUUGCUCCCAUCACUUAAAAGUUGAAAAUGAAAAGUGAUAAAAAGAGAUUAAAACAUAUAUGUAAAUAAUGUUUUUGAUUUUUCCUCUGAUUUGGAAUAAAACAUUGAUUAUAAAACACUUAAGGAGCAUUACUAA